AUGAGCUUCAAGGCCCCAUUCACACUCCUGGAACUGGCAGUAAAGAGUCUGCUUAGGAAUGAGGCCUUGGCCAUCUCAACACUGCAGAAGCUGCCCAUGGAGCUCUUCCCAUCCCUGUUCAAGGAGGCCUUCAAGAGCAGACACAUGAAGAUACUGACAGCGAUGGUGGCAGAAUGGCCCUUUUCCUGCCUCCCUGUGGGGGCGCUGAUGCAGGUCCCUGAUGUGGUGAUAUUACAAGCUGUGCUGGAUGGUGUAGACAUGCUGUUGAUACAGAAUGUUCACCUCAGAAAGUCAAAGCUUCGAGUCCUGGACCUGAGAAAUGUGCACCAUGUCUUCUGGGAUGCAUGGCCUGGAAUAGAAUGUGGAGAGAGCUCAACAGGGACACUGAGUAAGGAGCAAACAGGGAAUUGCCUUAAUAGAUAUGCCCUAAGGCAGCUUUUGAAGGUGGUCACUGAUUUUGACUUAAGAACUCACCUAAAUGAACAGCAAGCAUAUUUGUUGCAGUGGGCCCAGCAGCAAAAAGGUUCUGUGAGGCUGUGCUGUAUGAAGGUGACAAUCUGUGACACUCCUAUGAAGAUUAUCAAGAUGUUUUUUAGCAUAUUCCAGCCAUGCUACAUUGAGGAACUGGAACUAUCCACAGGCUGGACUCCUGCAGCACUGAGUUGUUUCGCACGUUGCUUUGGCCAGAUGAGAAAUUUGCGCAAACUCCAUCUAGCACGCAUUUAUGUUAACACCAAAAAAGCUGUAAAUUCCUUGGAAGACAUAGAGGAGAAAUAUACUGCUAGGCUCAUUUCUCAAAUUUCCAAACUCAACUGUCUCCAGCAUCUCUUCAUCAAUGGUGUCUACUUUUCCAGUGAGCACAUGAAACAGUUGUUCAGAUGCCUGAAGAGCCCCUUGGAGUCUCUGUCCAUCAAACUCUCUGAGUUCUCCCAGUCAGACCUGGAACACCUCUGUCGGUGUCAGAGGCUUUUUCAGCUGAAGCACCUGACCCUCUGUGGUGUGGUAUUAUUCAACCUAUGUCCUGCACUUCUCCAAUUUCUCCUUGAGAAUGUAGCAGCCACUUUGCAAAUUCUGGAGUUAGAGGACUGUGGUAUUGGGGACUCUCAGCUCAGUGCCCUCCUGCCUGCUCUGAGCCAGUGCCUCCAGCUAACCAGGGUAAACUUCUAUGACAAUGUCAUUUCCAUAUCUGUCCUGAUGGACCUUCUGCAAAUCUUGGCCAAUCUAAGCAAGUUAACUGAGGAGUUCUACCCUGCCCCAAUGGAGUGCUAUGAUGACCUGGGUAAUGUACAAGUGAACAAAUUUGCCAGUGUGUGUCCUGAUCUCCUGGAUAUACUCAGAGCCAAAAGACAACCCAUAAGAGUCACCUUUGCUACAGACAUUUGCCUCAAAUGUCACCAGCGCUGUGUCUUUGAUGGGAAGACAAGGCUUUGCCAUUGUUUGUCAUAA